ACCAGUAUGGCACUGCAUGGAGCAAAGUCAAGCCCAGGAGAGGGGUCACCCUGACCUGUUCCAGAGCCCUGUCAGGUCCUGAAGAAGAGGGCAGAGGACUGGUUCUCCCCAGCCAGCAUACUCUUUAGGGUAGAGGGCAAGGACUUCUGGUCUGAAGCAGAGGGUGACAAGAGCUGCUCUGUCUCUGAAUCCAUCAUGGAACAGAUCAAUGGAUCUGUCCAGAUGGAGAGUGCGCUCCUGUACACCUUCCUGGAGGUAUCCUCUGACUUUAAGUUUAGAGAGCAACUGUAUUCCCUGCAAAGCCAAGGGAUUGUGCCUUUCCCAGAAAUCUCUGUCCGUGGCUGUGAUGAUGUGGAACUUCAGACCGAUGGCAAUCGAAGCGGCCACUUGCAGAAUGGUGAGCUAGUGCUUGACCCCGAGGUAAAUGAAGAAGUUAUCCGGAUCAUUGCUGCUCAGCUCGCUGAGAUUGGAGACCAGUUUGAUAAAGAAAUCAAGGCAAGAGUAGUAAAUGAUCUAGUGCAGCACUUUCUGAAUGAGAACCUGUCUAGAGAGGAGAUAACCCGGUGCAUGUCAGAGGCAGUGGAAGGGCUUGCACGAGCCAUCCCCUUGGACAUGGAAAAGGAGAAAGCCAUGUUAGUGCUAGCAAUGGUCUUAACUAAAAAAAUUGCAAACACAAUGCCCUCCCUUCUACAGCAUGUCUUCAGCACCACUGUGAACUACAUCAGCCAGCAGCUCCACAACUACAUUGUCAGAAUGCUGCGCUGAGUGAGCUCUCCGGCCCCCUGUGUGGAGCAUGCAUGCAGUGUGUGGAUUCUGGAAGGCUUUUUACUUUUUCUUGGUGUAUGCAACUCGGUUUUUCUCUCAACUUCUGAGAUACAGCUGUGAAAGGGAAGGCAGAGCUUCGUAGAUAGGCUUUUGUAGACUAGCCCAGCAACGAUGGUAGUGUGCGCUGCAUGCCAGCUCUGCCAGUACCUGUAAGGAGUAGUGCUUGCCCUUUCUCAUUUUAUAAUAGUUGUUUUUGUUGGUUAUUAUUUUUUUUUUUUUAGCAGUAGCAGAUUUUGUGCAGACCCUGGCUUCUCCCUCCAGGGGAAAUGCUGUGGGCUGCAGAGCCUGCCCUCUCAGUAUUUUUUUUUUCUCAUUAGCUGUAGCAUUUUGCUUUAGUUCUCUUAUCGGCCCUGCUCCUGGUGCUGCAGCUGAGCCAUGCCGAGUGUCAAUUGUCCCCAGGAAGGCCUCAGGCUGUAGAGCGCAGAUCACCGGAGGGGGGGAACAUCAGGUAGGUCUUAGAGGGGAGCUGGCAGCAAGAGGAAACAACCCUAAAGGAGAUAGGGGGUGUCUGGCCAGGGAAGGCUAAAGUAAAGAUGCUUCAGUAUCAAUUGCCAUAAACCCAUGCUUGCUUAGAAAGUAAAGCUGAACUAGAAAUGUAAAGCAAGGGGCGGGGGUAGGUACGAAGCGAAUUCUUUCAGGGAACAAAACCUGGAUAUGCUUGAGGAAAAGUGUUUAGCUUUAGAAUAUCUUGCUAUAAAGGGAAGAAAAAAUAUCAGCCUUGGAUGAGGAAUAAUACCUGGCAUCACUUACUGAGUGUAUUGCAGUGACAUCUCAGGUUCCACAAACUUGGACUCAGGUGGUUUGGUACACACCUGUAAUCACACACAAGGUGGUAAAGGCUGCACCUGUGAUCCAGCUGCCUGUGAACUUUUGAAAAGUUGUAAAUAUUUUGUGGGUUUUUUUAACUUAAAUAAAACCAUCAGUUCUCAUGGCAAUACAGCUCUUAAGAACUUUGGUUUCCACCUGGACUUUUUCUUGGUGUUGUCAUUUUUUGUGUGUGUGUGUGCAAGUUCUCAUGGCAUCCCUCUGCUUUGCUACUGCUUAUGAUGUAGCUGGCAGCAAGAGACACUCUGGUCCUGGCCUUGCAUAAGCAAAUCUUGUGUACUGGAGAUUAUGUGCCUCACCUCCCUGGGCUUUACUGGGAAACACUUUUUCCUGUGAGUAACCUGCUGAAGCUAUGUGUCUGCUCUCCUUGGAGUAGAUAUGCAUGGAUGAGUUGACCUUCAGUACAUUUCAUGCCUGGAAUGAGCUGUUCUAGUGCAGACCUGGGCUCUACCUAGGCAGGGUACCUGGGACUGUGGUCACCCCUUCACCCCCCCAUUAAUUGCACUUCCAAAUUGUGUACCAUGAGCUUGCCUCUGGUCCAGUGACUGAGAGACUCUGCUCCCAGAAGCACUGCUACUUUUUUGCCAGACUAACACCAUCUACCUUACUAGGGCUUUGCUAGGCCUGCUGUACCACUGUAGCUGAAGGGAAGGUUUAUGACCUCAGAUUAUUUUGUCUGCUACACUCACUAAAAUAAAAAAAAACCACUAAACUUCAGAACUUCCCUUAUUUAGUACUAGUGAGACUUUUCUUCCUCAUUUGUGACCAUUAGAAAGCAUUGAUUAGGUUAAAAAAUACAGCCUGCAGCAUUAGCCUCGCUGUGCCCAGAGCUACACGAAAUGGGAGCAAACAGGAUUCUGGCAACAGACCUUGCUUUCAGCCCUCCGCCAGGAUGGGAGGUGGGGAUAUCAACCCCUCACUACCAGGGACGGUGCCUCGCAGUGGUACUUUUGCUCUCUAGAAGGCAGGUUAAGAAAGAAACAACCAGCUGCAAGCACCAGCCCAGCAGGCACAUCACCACCAGGCAGACAUUAACCUGGUCUCCACAAGCAGGUGCAAUACUGAGCAGACACCUUGCUGCUGCCGGGCCUGGCUCCAUGCUAGGAGCUGCUGUUCAGAGCAUGGCCCAAAGGCUGCAGGAGCGGUGCUCGCGUGGCUCAGGCUUGUGUCAUCGUGCCAGCCCCAGUAUUUUAGAUGGAAGCUAUUCUCAGUAUUCUUCAGCAGCCAAAUUGCCACCCUGAACACCCCUACUCAGUGCCCACCUGGCCCCAUGAGCUAAAGUUUUCGAGCUGCCUCGGUGCGGGAGGGACUGGGGAGGCAGGCGUCCACCUGGCUCUUGCCCAGCACGUGGCUGCAACCUGGCAUGGGCUUUUAUGCCGUGGAGGGAGCCUGGGUUUCAGUCUCUGCUCCCAGCCUCUUCCAGGAAUGCUCGCUGAAGACCUUGCCCAGCCUCAACACCCAAGUGAGCACAGCCUAGAGUUAAGCACAACUGAAAUUUUAAGUUAAGUUGCACCUUAUCUUGAAAUCCUUUUACUUGCCAGCUCUUUAAGCAUGCUACCCACUGCAAGUUCCUUAUGUAUUUAACACUUUUUUUUUUUUUUUUUUUUUUUUUUCCAGUCUCGUGCUGUUUUAGCACCUCAGCUUUAGGGUAUGCUGCAGAGAAGGAUAAAGUGAAGAAAGAUUGGGUCUAAGGUAGAUAUUUUAUUACGGUACAGGCCACUCGAGGACAGAUAUUGAGGCACUUUUGGGAAGGGGAUAAGCAACACAAGUGAGAGUAAUUCUAUACGCCCUUUCGUAAGUAUAUAGCGACUGCCUUUCCUCUGCCAGCUGCGAGGGAGCCACUACAAAGAGGUCGCAUCACACGGUUCGGGGCAAGCGGACCCUACAGUUUAGGAUUACUUUAACACACUUGAAGAUAAGGGGGGAAAAAAAGCCCUUCUGUUUUCUAAUUAAUUCACACCCACAACAGAGCAAGCAGCCUGGCACUCAACCCUGUAAGAACGCCGUCAUCUGAGCUUACCCGCCCUGUGGUGACUUCCGCAGGGCCUGGCCCAGCUCUGACCAUGGGACUCCAAAUGAGCGUUCCCAGAGACGCUAUAGGAUAAAUUUUCUAAAUGCAUGGUCAGUGGGGUGAGGGAGAAGACGGUACAAAUUCUUGCUGAUGUGUCACAUCCGUAAGACCCUAAAAUGAGAAUAACAUAAAGAAGGGACCAACCCAAACACAUGGUGGUGCAGCUGAUGCGCCAUUAAAUGUAGCGACACACCAGAUACUCCAAGGCUUCUGCCCCACUAUGAAAAUGCUUCACAAACCAAAAAGUCAUUUUUCCUUACUGCUGCUGCCACCUUCUCACAGCCGUGUGUGGAAGAAGAGACUUUUUAUUUAAUGCCCCACUGGGCUCCAUGUGCCAACAAGCUAAAAGGGGGUUCUUCCCCAGCUGGCACGGAUUUAUUCUCAUCUGUCCUGUACCCGUCUGCCACACUGCUAUUGAAACAACCAUGUACAGAGAAGAGCUGAAAGAACACCUGCCCUCCCCCCCGCCCCCUGUUGGUGCACAAGGUAUCCAGAAUGUCCAAAAAAAAUCCACCUUUGCUACAGGAGAGAAUGCAGGUGCUUCUGUGUAACCUGCUGCAUGGCUACAGACAGAGGAUGCCCCAGAUGUAGGCGCCUCAUCUUCAGGAAGGAGAGGAUGCAGGUCGGGUUAACAAGGGCCCUUCUCCCACAGAGAACAUACCCCGAGAAGAAACCAAAGCCGUCAGCGAAGCAGCAGGAGAGGGGCAGGCCCACCCCAACGUACCGGGCAGUAAAGCGGCCCCUUGCCACGUGGGAACAACCAGGUACCCUCACGGACUCUGUCACUGUUGUGAUGCGUGAAAUGAAGCAGAACUGUAAAACAUUUGUGCACAUCCGUGACAAUAGCAGCGUAACGACACCUCUCCUCUCCACACGGUGCCAGGAGAGGGACCUGCCGUGGUGGGAAGGCAGAUGCCAGAGAGUCCGUGGCAUGAGGAGGUCCCAGUGACCCGUUCUGGGCACACAACACAGCGAUGUCAGCACUAGCAGGGCACCAGGAAAUGGAAAAAAAAAAAAAAAAAAAAAAAACAUUUUGCAAUGUGGUAAAGGGUUUCUUUUUCUGUUAAGGCCAACCUGCUACCCUUUGUACAUGGAAAAAGAGCCAUCAGAGAUCAACAGGGCAGUCCAGAACUCCAGAGCUCCUGCGUUGGGUCCACAGCAGCUGUACAUACGUGACAAUCCAUCCGUUCAGUGUUCAACAACUUCACGCACACACACACGAGUUCAAAACCCAAGAAGUUUUCUAAAAAAUCCACUCUCAAAAAAGCUUAAACAAAAAAAAUUCCUCAGACUCUGCCAGGUUCUUACUGUCUUCCCAGCAUCCUGGGAUAUGGGUGGGAUGGGAAAAAUAUAGCAAGAAUAUUGUAAAAUAGAGAAUGUGCUAAAAUCUCUUCAUUCUCAGAUCACUUAAGAACAGGCUUAUUAGGAGACGUGCUCAGGAUAAGGUUAUUUAGAAAUAAAGUACCUUGUCUUUGUGCUUCAUGAAGAGUAAGCUUCCUGUAGGCUCGCAUUUCAAUUUUUACAUUAUCCUGCGUUCCCUUUCGCCUACCUCCACCUGGUCUAAGCCACAGUGCCAGCACGAACCCGCAGAGAUGCGUCAGUAGCUUUGCCAGGAAAGCCUAAGGUCUUGCCCACGGAGCUGCCGUACGGACAAGGACAGAGACACAAACGCGCACCGAAGAGGAACACUCGUGGUUGGGUCCGACGUAACUAAUGCGUACGGCAAUACUUUAAAGGUUUUUCUCCACACACGUUUGCAGCGCUGAGACUGCAGGAAGAGGGGAUUUAGCUUUUGCCAAAGUAACUUCCUCAUCAUAUGUGACCCUGUAGGCUUAGCUAAUUACAGAUUCAGAGUCGCAAAAGAAAUCGCACUGAACACCACAGCGGGGGAGGUCAGGAACAGGCAGAAAGAGGAGAUGUUUAAUGCUGUUUUGCUCAGUUACCAGAAUCCAUUGCCCUGUGUAUCUGGGAUUCUGUCACAGCCAAGACCGAGUUAGGGCUAAAUACACUCUGUGCUUAACCUGGGAAAGGCGAUACAGGCUGCAGCGUGAUGCAGGACAGCAUAGCAUUGAACCUUUGAAUUGCACGGGCGGCAUCGGCCUCGCUUCCACCUCAUUUUGCCGUAGCUUUGCUGGAUGUACCCUGCUAUCAGAGGACUGAUCAGAGCGGCCCCGUGUCCAGCAUGAAUUUUGCACCUCUGGUAGCUCAAGGGUGGCAGUAACGCGGGCCGGGCAGGAGCGGAGCAAAUGGAUUCUCAAACCAGCAAAUGGCAGUGUCCCUCCCACCUUCCUGGGCGGCCGAAGCGGCCAUCCUGCGCCUCUCCCCCAGGAACACCAGGAUGCUCAGAGAUAAUACAGCUACAGAGAGGCAGCAUCUUUACGGGAUGGGGCUCCAGUAAAUGUUAGGGGCCAAAACGGGCGUGAGCAAAGAGGUAAGAAUAAGCACUCUCCCAUGGGGGCUUCGGAGGAACCUGCGAGGUUACGAGGAGCAGUGCUGUACCUGAGAGGAAGCCGAGACAAAAGGGAGACCAGCCUCUCGCUACAGGACUCGGGUUGGCUAACGUUGGUUUGGGAGGGCUCGGGGGCGCGACGGGAAGUGACAAGACAGCACAGCUGCAGUAGCGGUCACUCUGAGAAGCCAAAAACUCCAGGGGUCAGCAGCAGCUGGCUCUCCCCUUCCCCUGGGGAUUCUCCGUUCCAGUUCCUAGAGUACGAGCACCCCUUUCUUCAGCACCUGCACUUAAGUUCUUAAAUUUGCAGAAUUUAUUAUUAUUAUU